UUUGUGGUUAAUUUGGAAAUCAACUUCGAAAUAUAGAAUUUGGGCGGUUCAAUAAUUUCUCUCUCUUCUCAAACAAACAUUUUUUUCAUUUUUAAUUUUUUUUUCCUUCUGUCUCUCUCAUUUUCUCUCUCCUCUCCUCUCGCUCUAUCGAAUUCUUUCGUUAAUGGCGAUCUGAGAGGAAGAGGGACAAUCAUAAAUCUACAUUAAUUUACGAAUUACACGAUUUUUGGGAUUUUUUUUGCUGAUUAUUUUUAGCUUUGAUUUUUUUGUUAAAAUUAUUUGCUUGAAAUUAUAAUGGCUGCGUUAGAAUCCCUUGAUUCGUUUUUGUUUGCUGCUAGUCGAGCUUGUCUUACCCCCAUUGCCAUAUUCGUUCAGAUCCAGGGAUGUUUAAUAUGUCUAGUUUUAGCAUUUGGGUGGGCCUGCGCUGCUCAUGUCAGGAAUAGAGAAAUCAAACGCAUGAAAAAUGAACUGAGAAAAGGAAAUAGCUUUGGUUUUCUUUGUCAUGACAUUAAUGAGCUUGAGCACUCUUAUCAAGUCAAUCUGCCAAGAGUCACAGUUGUUAUGCCUUUGAAAGGAUUUGGAGAGCACAAUUUGCAUAACUGGAAAAGUCAGAUUACAUCCCUAUACGGUGGGCCUAUAGAGUUUCUUUUUCUUGUAGAAAGUACUGAAGAUCCAGCAUAUCACGCUGUAUCUAGGCUUAUAAAAGAUUAUCAGGAUGAACUUGAUGCUAAGAUCAUAGUGGCAGGCUAUUCAACCACUUGCAGUCAGAAGAUUCACAAUCAGCUUGUUGGUGCAGAAAAAAUGCAUAAAGAUAGCAAGUAUAUACUGUUUCUAGAUGAUGAUGUUAGACUUCACCCAGGAUCAAUAGGUGCUCUCACGGCUGAAAUGGAAAAAAAUCCCGAGAUUUUCAUUCAAACUGGUUAUCCACUUGAUUUGCCUUCUGGGAGCUUAGGAAGUUACUGUAUAUAUGAAUAUCACAUGCCUUGCUCUAUGGGGUUUGCUACCGGUGGGAGAACAUUCUUCUUAUGGGGUGGUUGCAUGAUGAUGCAUGCCGAUGACUUCAGAAAUGACAACUAUGGUGUAGUCUCAGAACUACGAGAUGGUGGAUAUUCUGACGAUAUGACUCUUGCAGCUAUAUCUGGAGCUCACAAAAAACUCAUAACAUCUCCUCCAGUUGCUGUUUUCCCUCAUCCACUUGCAAGUGAUCUUAGUUUCUCCAGGUACUGGAACUACUUGAGGAAGCAAACAUUUGUUCUAGAAUCAUAUGUGUCAAAGGUUAAUUGGAUCAUGAAUCGUGCGUUAUUUUCUGUGCACUGUUACUUCUCAUGGGGAUUUGUGGCGCCAUAUGUCAUGGCUGUGAUACAUGUUGCAGCUGCACUUCGGAUGCGGUACGGAGCUUAUACAAUUGAGGAUAAGUUUCUUAUCUCUGGUGGGUGGUUAUUUGUGGGCUGCCUUGCCACUUGCACUGCUAUUGAGUUACUUUCCAUGUGGAACUUGACAAGGAUUGAAGUUCACUUGUGCAACUUGUUAUCCCCUGAGGCACCGCCUUUGUCACUUGCUACCUACAAUUGGUGUCUGGUGUUUGUUGCAAUGCUUGUGGACAACUUCUUAUAUCCUAUCUCUGCGCUGCGAUCUCACUUCUCACAAUCUAUUAAUUGGUCGGGUAUAAUAUACUACUUGAAGGAUGGGAAAAUAUACAAGAUUGAUAGAGGGAAAGAUAUUGGACCAACACAUUCAGAUCUCAGUGGAAAGAAUUUGUACGGGAAAAGAGGAUCUCCACCCAAAACUUCAUUCAUCAGUUCAUUAGCAAGAACGUUGGUACAGUGGCGGCAACCCAAAAAAUACGAUGUGUAGGAUCAUUGAUAGCAUUAAUGACAGGAGUUGCAUUUAUUCCAGAUGCAAGGGACUUUGAAGCAAUAUUUUUUUUUGUGAAUAUCACCCUUGCAUGUCAAUUUGGCCAUUCCUUAUUGAUUGAUUCAUGCAUUAGAAUUCUUCAUUUUUUGAUUCUUCAGCCAGUUUGAUCUUCGGCUUAAGGUGAUUUUUUGUAAUUUGUAUCAAUAUCAUUAUGUAGUUUUUUAUCAGUGUUAAAAUUUCCUUGUACCAUUGUAAAGUUCUGAAUGUUCAGUUUUUCAGGUGAUAACCUAGUUGUUUGAUUUAAUUUUUGUUUGUUUUGGCGCCAACAAGUUGUAUAUGUGAUCAGUUGUAAAGUAGAAAAAAGCUCUGAAUGGAAAUUGCAAGUGUUUUUUUUAAAACUUUUUCAGACUGAUUAAGAAAUUAUUACAAUUCUUCAUUA